CUUCUUUUUUAUUUAUAUAUUCAUAUAUAUAUUUAUCUAUAUCACCCUUUAUAAAUAUACAUAAAUGCUUCGUUUAUUUCCUAAAAGAAGCUUGACACGUUUAACACAAACAAGAGGUCUUCAAUCUGCUCGUGUUGUUUUUGAAAAGUCCAAACUCGAGCAAGAUACGGACGAUGCUUGGGACCAUGCCAAAGUGGAUCGUAGCACUAUUAGCAACCAAGCAGUACCACAACCUGCUUCUGAUGCAGUACCAAGUAGUAUGUUGGCAGCUUUUCACAACAUGUUUGAUCGUGGACCCAAUGUAGGCAUUGAAGUCAUUACAAAACAUGGGUUUGUCUUGUCCAACCAUAUUAAAAUCGAUCAACCCUUGAUCUUGUUGAAUGGAUCACCUUUUCUUUGGAAUGCACCACCUCGCUCACCUGGGUUUUUACCCAUGAAGGAUUGGGAUAUUGAUACCUUCAAGAUUUUUGAGGUGGUCUCACCUCGACCUGAACUCAUCAUGUUUGGCACAGGAAAAGAAUUUGCACCUAUUCCUGAACAUAUUCGUAAAUAUUUCUUUAAACUUGGUAUUCAAGUGGACCAAAUGAAUUCGAAACAUGCGGCAGCAACGUAUAAUGUAUUGGCAGAAGAAGGAAGACGAGUGGCAGCCGCGUUGUUACCACUUGAAGAAAAAGCCUAAGGUCUGACGAUGACAGGAGCGGUGAUACCAUUUUUGACGACAGUUGGCCUACAUUUGCCAUUGGAAAAAGAUUUUCUACUCUUUCUCUUUUUUAAAACUGCAUCCAUUAAAGCCUGAAUAAACCUCUGUUCAUCAAUUAACCUCACGUCUUGUUUCAGAUAGCCCGCCGGGUGGUUCACGGUAGACAUGAGAUCACGUAAACUCCAAGCACUUAAUAAAAAUAAACGUUUGGCACUAAUCUUGUUCUCCUUGAGUUGUCGAAAUACAGUGCGUCUCACUUCUUUCACUAAUUCGCCAACCGCUUUCGCCCACACUGUAUUCACAUCUGUAUCUUUUUCUUGUUUCAAUCGAUCAAUUUUUGACUGCAGUGAUUCAUCACAUCGAUUUCGGACAAAUAAAACAGGAAUGUGAUGUGCUUGUGCUUUGGAUGCAAUGACGAGAUCAAUCGCUUGUAAUCU